AGUCCCUACUUCCCCUUCCCCUCCCACUUCUCUAUAAAACCCCGCAGUUGUAGAGCCAGUCGAGACAAAGUUCCCUCUCUCUCUCUCUCUGCGUUCUCUAACUUUAACCUCUGAGCAAAUGGAGGUGAAUUUUACACUUUCUAACACCUCCUGUGAUCCCGCAUUGCGGAGCUAUCGCUUUGUGGGGGCCACGUUGGGAAUUUUUGUUUCUGUUUUGGGAACUUUUGGAAAUUUCAUGACCAUUUUGGCCUUUUUUUCUGAACCUCGUCUCCGCUCACGUUUCAAUUACUUGGUGCUCAACCUGGCCGUUUCUGACCUACUCUACUGUGGAGGCCUGCAGCCAAUCACUUCGGCAACCUACCUGCGCUUCUCCUGGCCGCUAGGCCCAACAUCCUGCCAAAUUUUCGGCCUACUAAUCUUUGUGGCAAAUGCGACCUCCAUUUUCAACCUGGCCAUCCUUGCAGCGAGCCGCUACCUCAUCAUCUCGCGGCCCAGGCUUUUCCAACGUCUCUCUUCGCGCAGAGGCCUCCCCUGUCUUCUGGCCCUGCCCUGGAUUGGAGGUCUGGCCCUCUUUGGCCCUCUGUGGGACUAUUUUGUGUUCGUACCGCCCGUGUGUACGUGUAGCCUGGACAGAAGACGAGGUCGACGCCUAACAACGGGUAUAACCUCCACCAUCUUCGUGGUGGGCCUCGGAUCCAUCGGCCUGUUCUACUACCUCAUCCACCGGCGGCUCCAGGCCGUAUCCAAGGCCUUGCAGGCCCACCGAGGCCCUGAGGGAGCGGGGAAGAAAGUCCACGCUGGUCUCCACCGCGCUCCGGCCUCUGACAGUGGCCUAGCUUCCUCUCAGGCCACCGAGGAGGUGAGUCUGGGCCCGGCGGAAGACCACGCCUUGGGGGAGCGCGAGAAGCAGGUCUCGGCCCAGCAGAAACAGGCCUCAGUACGCUGGCAGAAGGCCCAGAUGCAUAGGAAGGAGGAUACGGGCCCAGCGCAGCGGGAUCGUGGGGAAACAGAGGCAGGCCAGGCCCACAUCCAGUGGGAAGAGGCUUCGAAUGGUGCAGGAGGGGAACAUGCCCAACCUGACCAGACACACGGCCCAACGGAACAAAUCCUUCCCCAGAAACAACGGGAAAAGGCCUUGGGCCUGUCCGCAGAGGCUUCAAACGCCAGAGACAAGAAAACGGCAGAAAAGUACGGGGUAGUAGUGGCUUCGGCCUCCCCGCAGGCCCGGCGUGUUGCCACAGGUGACGGGCAGUGUUCUGGAGGUGACGCGGAGUUCCGUCGUGUUACAUGGAUGUGUUUCUCCAUGUUUCUGGUCUACAUCUUGUGCUACCUCCCCUUCUGCCUCCUCCACGCGGCCGACAAGAAGAAACAGGCUCCGGCCUUACUGCACAUGGUGGUCGCGAACCUGACCUGGUUCAAUAGUUGCAUCAACCCUGUCCUCUACGUCUCUCUGCACCGACAGUUCAGGGCCACCUACAUCCGCCUCCUCACCUCCGCAUUCUCCCCCCUCCUUCCCACACGCAAGGCCUGAAGCCUGAGGCCUAGUACCAAGUCGCCUCUCUCUGCCACACACGCAAGGCCUGAAGCCAGAGGCCUGUCGCCCCUCUCCUCUCCAAAUGCAAGGCCUGAAGCCUGAGCCCUAGUUGCCCCUCUCCUCCCUACACGCAAGGCCUGAAGCCUGAGGCCUAGGACCAAGUCGCACUCUCUCCGCCACACAUGCAAGGUUUGAAGCCUGGAGCCUAGGGCCAAGUCGCUCCUCUCCUCCCCACACCCAAGGCCUAAAGCCCAGGGCCUAGUUCCCCUCUCCCCACACGCAAGGCCUGAAGCCUGGGGCCUAGUCGCCCCUCUCCUCCCAACACGCCCCUCUCCUCCCUCAUCGCUCCUUUCCUCCCCACAAGCAUGGCCUGAGGCCUAGGCCUAGUGAGCAGAAAGACUGUCCAUGAUUACAAUCGAGCCGUCCACAGUGGACAGACACAGGAUAAAGGGAAUAAUGUUUAGUGCAAGAUAAAGUCCGCUUAAAGAAAUUCCGAGGGUUUCCAAUGAGGUAGAUGGGAGGUCAUGACUGCUCUCUAGUUGGUGAGAGGACGGUUCAGUUGCCGGAUAGCAGCCGGGAAGAAACUGUCCCUGAAUCUGGAGGUGUGUGUUUUCAUUUCCACAUUUCUGUACCUCUUGCCCGAUGGGGGAGGGGAGAAGAGGGAGUGACCGGGGUGAGACUGGUCCGCGAUUAUGCUGCUGGCCUUGCCGAGGCAGCGUGAGGUGUAGAUGAAGGCGAUGGAAGGGAGGUUGGUUUGUGUACGUGAUGGUCUGGGCUGCCUCCACAACUCUCUGUGAUUUCUUGUUUAGUUAUAUUUGAUUAAAGAUCUGCACAAAUUCACCACA